AGAAGGGGGAGGGGAGUGGUUGCUGCCAGAAAAAGAGGACCAGCAGGGAGAAGGAGAGAGGGAAAGAAAGAGAGAGAGAGAGAGAGAGAGAGAGAGAGAGAGAGAAGUGAAUGUGUUUGCCUCUUAGCUGUCAUUUGUUGUGCCUGAGAAGUGAAGUUGUCUGGGAAGGAUGGCUCUCCUGUUGCUGUUUGUGAUUGUGCUCCACCUGGUCACCUUGGCCAUGCUGUUCAUCGCCACCAUGGAGAAGUCUUGGUGGGCAUGGGGAGACAUAGAGACAUCAGACCUGUGGCACAACUGCAUGUUUGACAAUACCACCCAGACAUGGCUUUGCUCCUCACGCAUCGAGGAAACUGACUGGCUUCAGGCGGUCCAGGCUCUGAUGAUCCUCAGUGUGGUCUUCUCGUCCAUCUCCUUCCUGGUGUUCUUGGGUCAGCUCUUCACCAUGUCAAAAGGAAGCCUUUUCUACCUGACGGGCCUGUGCCAGAUUGUAGCAGGUAUGUCGGUGUUCGCUGCAGCUUUGAUCUACACGUUUCAGCAUCAGGAUAUCCUCCAGGACACGCGUGAGCUCGAACUAGGCAAAUUCGGUUUCUGUUUCAUCUUGGCCUGGGCAUGUGUGCCCCUGCUGAUGUUGAGCGGAGUGCUGUAUGUGCAUCUGAGGAAACGGGCUUGACCCCCUAACUGAUAUCUGGUUUUUGUUGGGAUGGGGUCAUCUUAGGGUCAAUGAGCUCCGGUAUGAAGUGAAGGUGCAGUAAAGCAGUGUUUUAUUUGAAUGAUAAAAAAAAGAACAUUCUUUUAGACUCAGAAAUAUAUUGUAAUUCUGUGAGUCUGCUCAGGCUUGUUGACGGAUUAGUGAACAUUUUUGUACAGUAUGUCCAAAACGUAAAAUGUAAACAACAUGUGUGCAACUGAAUCAUGUGCAACCAAAAGGGAAGACGUAUUAUUGUUGCUGCUGCCAUUUGAUCUGAACCAUAAACCAUAGCCAAUAUCCAUGGCUUAAAGUUGUGAUUCUGAUUUCUGGUUAAUUGAAUGCAGUAUUGACUUAUGCAUUUUUAGCACCUUUCUCUACUAUGGACCCCCAUGUAGACCUCUUGUUUGCAGAUUGCACAGGAAUAUCUUGGGGCUGUACGGUUGAUGGUGGUCCUAUUAAAUCACUUCUGCACAUUCUGCUGUCUGGAAAAAGAUUUGCAGAAUUGUUUUCCUUCCUUGUGAUAUUUCAUUGUGAAGAAGUACAGUAAAUAUUUCUUAAACAUUGGCAAACAUUUUUUUUUUGUGAUAAUAAGAGAUGGAUAGAUUCCAAAAGACCUCGUAGUUGAGACCAAAGUUUGUUUAUCACUCUUCUCCUUCUAAAGGAGGACAGGACAACAUUUGUAUUGCGACUACUAAUGACAACACUUACUGUAUAUCUUAUAUAUUUUCUAAUAAACACAA